AUGUGCUUUCUUUCUUGGGUUGUCAGUGGAAAUGGCCAAAGCUCGUUUGAAGUGUAUAGGACCAUAGCUUUGGUCACGAGAUUAAUUGUAGGAAAGUGUGGAGAGUCUGUGACGAACAAGAUUGGCUCUGACUCUGAAGGUAGUACUGAUGAUCAGGAUCCAAGGAUGCCUAACUUCACACCAGCGGCCAUGUCUAGCAACUCUUCUUUUGAAUUACCAUCACUUGAUAGUGUAACCUCAAGUCAAAUGAGGGGAUUACGUGCUAUUUUGAAUGAGGCAGAUGAUGGAGAGGACCAGGAAGUCGAACAAGAGAAUCCCACAUUUGAACUUAGUCCAUACAUCGUUGACAAGGUGAAAAUGAAAAGGUACUGGCCAGAUGUAAAUGUUGUGGAAGAGAAUAUCAAGGAGAAAGCACACGGGGAACAACAAAUCUAUGGAAAUACAGAAGAACUUGUUUCGGACAAAGAUAAGAAGGUUGAAGCAAAAAUUAAAGUUAUGUAUAUGAAACACAUUCCUUCCAGUGUUAAAGUUGACUGGUCUCAUGUCGGGUCCGAUGAAUUGGUGGAAAUUCAAGCGGCCAUCUCUGGGUCAGUUUAUCCUAAUAAGUGA